UUCAUCUGGGGAUAAAGCGUGGAUCUGAUGUAUUAACAUGAAAAGAACACGUGCGUGGAAGCAGGGUUGACUACAUCAGGGAGACAGAUCAGAUUCCUCUGCAGCAUACGGCUUUAUGCUGCUCAUCAGAGGAGUUUGGAGUUUGUAGGAGAUUUGGGAUUAUCCGUCUGCUGGAAGCAAGUUCACCCUAUCUGUGCAGAAGACGGAGCUAUGAUGGGAGUUUUCUGGUUGUUGAUAAUCCUACUUUGUUGCACAUCACCCAACAGAUGUGAUGUUUUAUCUCCAGAGCAACCAUGGGACAUUCACUGCAGAACAGCAGAAAAGACCAAUUCUUUGUAUGUGCCGUGCCCUAAGAUCAAGCCUGAAAACCUCAUCAUGGACAACACAACAGACAUUACUAUCACUCUUUACAGAAACCGGAUAGAAAUUUAUAAAAUAUGCACAGAGCCUUCCAAAAAAAACCAAACCAUAAAGCAGCACGGUGUCACCCCACAGAAAGAACAUGGUAAAUUUACAGGUUUCAUCAUUAAAUUAGAAGGUAACAUAGAGCAAGCAGUCUACACAUGCAAGGUUGAGAAGUCUUACCCUCCUCCUUUCGUGACCAGUGAAGGUAAAUCAGUCGUGGUCCUUGAAGAAGGACAAGGAUGUGCAAACAAAACAGGAACAUGUAAGAAAGACGACUCAGAGCCACGAACACCACAGAGACCCAUAUGGAUCUGGAUCCUGGUUGUUGCACUUCUUUGCACCUACAGCCUGGCGGUGACCAUCGCUGCCUUGGUUAUCUGGCACAAAAUGCAGGAUGCAGAUUCCCAGAAUGACUACAUCAACACCAAACCCAAAGCACCUCCAAACCGCAGGAAGAAAAGAGGAAUCCAGCAUCCUAUACCAAAACACUUCUGAUGAUUCGGACGUCACUGGAUUAUUUUCCUAGCUUCUCCCUCAACACACUGACUGUGUCUAGAGCUUAAAAUAAGUAUAACAUUGUUGUAAUUGGGGUGUUUAAUCUGUAUAUUUCGUUUAAAGAGACUUUUUUUGUGUAGCAACACUUCGUUUAAGUGGGUGUCUGAGAAAUUGUGUGUAUUUUAGAAACAAGGGCAGAUUUUUUUUUUGACUUCCUGUUUCACUCGCUGUAACGAGUCAUGCGAAGUCAGGAACCCCCUCAUCUUUGUGGUCAAAACAGAAGGUGGUGCCUUCAUGAGGGGAUUUAACCACAUUUAAAGAGCCUUUUUUUCAGUUUGUAAAUCAGUGCAACACCUUGUGGAUCAAGAAUGACCACAAACUACAAAAAGAUAAAUACAGUUUUGCAAGCCGCAACACCUUUCUGGGUUCUUUUCAGAGAAACUACAUUGAGAUUAUACAGAGGUUGAUGAUGAGCAGAAACACAUGGAGCUGCAAGCAGAUUGAAAAUAACAAGUUGCACCAUUUCCUGCCCUCCUUUUAUCAUUUCGUUAUGGGUAUGGGUUUUCUGCAGAGGUCGCGGCUUCAAAGCGCUCCACCUUUACCGUGCUCACCUUGCACUUUCUGUGCAAGCGCUCACGCUGCUUUUAUUGGUUUCAUUUAGUAGCAGGUUUUUCAUAACCACCGCAAGUUCUGACAAAAUUAGCCUAGUGUUUCUGUGAAGCCUUGAAGCUGCCGGGGAAGGCAAGCAGAUGACUAAAACAUAUUGAAAUCACUUGUCAUUUGAUAGUCAUCACUCCAUUUUUCCAUAAUGACUAAAAAAACAACAGCACAAGAAAAGAUCAGCUCAGGUAAUUGCUGUAACGCUUUUUUAAACCUACAUAACAUCCUAUAAAUAGCCCCAAAACAAUUAUUUAUGUUAAAACAAAAAAUCAUAUUUGAUCUUUUAGCUCUACCUAAAUGCAGAAAACAUUCAGAGCCUAUUGUUUUAAAAUACUUUAUUAUUUUUAUUAUGUACAGGUUUUCAACUGAACAAACUUUCAAUCUGCACACAUUCCUACGUGGCUUUUUGGUCUUGUUUACACCGUCUAAACUGUUCCGGAUUCGACAUGUUCCUCUUUUGUUUGUGGUUCUGAUGCAUGUUCUGGAAAUAGAAGUCCUCGUAUAACAUCUGUCCUCUCCUCCUCAGACAAUGGCUGUAGGUGCUGCUCUGUUACCUUCAGGGAAAGAGAAAACAUGCAAAAUAUGCUUCAACUGAUUUAAACAGACUUUGCAACACAGGCGGCUACAUAAACCUGGGUGUUUUUUAUCAAUGUCACACUCUAUGCGGAUGAUAACAGAUACUUUCUGAAGGUUUCAACUCUCUAAAACAACCUGAAUUCACAAUAAAGGCCAUCACAUCUAUAGCAAAGGCUAAUCGAUAAAUGUAAUUUGGUAACUUCAGUUGCUACCAAGAGAAAACAGGAAGAGAUUUAUCAGUAAAAUCAAACAUAAGUCUCACCAAUACAGGAGUGUAUCCCAGGAUCUUCAGAUGACGGAUCUUGAGAGCGAGUGGGCCACGAGGGUGGGAAGUACCGUAGCAAAAAGUAGAGUUUGGUGCAUAAAUAACGGCAAUUCUAGAAUAAAAAA